AUGGUGGUCAAAUACAUAACUGGAGACUUGUUUCGUCAUACUGCUCAUUCAGGCAAAGCUGUGGUUUUAGCACACGCGUGUAAUACCGGCGGUAGCUGGGGAGGUGGAAUAGCUGCGGUUUUCCGAACCAAAUUCCCACAAGCCAACUCCGAAUACUCCAAUUUUUGUCACAACAAUCACAACCUACUAGGUAAGAGUCUACUUUUGAAAGCAGAUGAUUUCAGUGACAGCAAGAUCUAUAUUGCUUGUUUGUUCACUAGUGAUUUCAGUCAAUCACCUGAACGAAUUGCUUCGUAUACUUAUGAAUCGUUGAAAGACCUAGCUGAGCAAUUAGAGCUGAUUCCUGAUGUUGAAAGUAAUGGUGAUUGUAAAGUUGUCAAUAUGCCAAAGAUCAAUGCUGGCAUCUUUGGUGUUCCAUGGGAGUUGACCGAGGCUGAGUUGGAGAAAGUAAAAGAUUUAGAUUUCAAUGUUUAUAUUCUUUAA